CCAGCCUAGCCCCCCCUACCAGAGUGAGAGAGAGAAGAGAGAGGAGAGAGAGCGCGAGGCGCGAGCACCGAGCAGAACCCGCGCAGAAAAGCAACUACCUCCCCUCCCCCGCUGGCCCGGACCACACCAUCCGACCAUCGAGUCCUCGCCCCCGCAAGAUCCCCAAUCUCGCCGCAGGUGUCUCGCCGGAGCGGCCACCAUUGCUGCGCGCGGAGCUGCCGAUUCCGCGGCCGGCAGUUUCUCUCCAUGCUGCUUCUGUGAGUCCUGCGACUCGAUUCGAGCUCUGUUGGCGUGGGAGGCGGCCGCCCGAGCCGCGGCGAAGGCGCGUUCAUCGGGAGAGGGAUUGCGCCGUAUUUCAUAGAUGACGAAGGCUGCAACUCUUUAUGGGGCCAAGACACACACUGAGACCCUACGACCAGGGCCAUUGCGCCCAGCAAAUAUCAUCAGAAAUAAAUUUCCUACCUACAAGAAUGGUUCAAAUGGUAUCGUGAUCAAACUGGCCGAUGGUCCAGAAAUGCCACCUCUCAAGGAGAUUGUUGCAAAGGAGACUGCAGAUCUACUUGAUCGUCGUCAGCGCCUCUCUGUCCGUGAACUUGCAAUGAAGUUUGAGAAGGGUCUCAACACUGCCACACUGUUGUCCAAUGAGGUUAAAUGGAGACAAGUAGCAUUGCUGGAGAGGGAUAUUCUUUUGAAGAAUCUAAAGAGUGUAUUAGAGUCACUGAGAGGCCGGGUGACAGGCAAAACUAAGGAUGAAAUCGAGGAGUCUAUAUCUAUGGUGGAGAUCCUUGCAGUUCAGCUCUCCAAAAGAGAAGCUGAGUUGCUUCAGCAAAAAGAAGAGGUCACGAAAUUAGCAAAAUCAUUAAAGCAGGCUUCUGAAGAUGCAAAGAGAAUUGUUGAAGAAGAAAGAGCUAAUGCUCAUACAGAGAUAGAAAGUGCUAAGAAUGCUGUCCAAAGAGUUCAACAAGCAGUUCAGGAGCACGAGAAGAUGUCCCAAAGUACCGGGAAGCAAGACAUGGAGGAACUAAAGAAAGAAGCUAGAGAAGCUCGGAGGAUCAAAAUGUUGCAUCAGCCCAGCAAGGCGAUGGAUCUGGAAAAUGAAAUACGAAUUUUACGUAAGACAUUUGCUGAGAAGUCCACGGAUUGUGUUAAUCUUUUGAAAGAGUUGGAACUGCAUAAAAGGUUAAAGGAAAAUGGUACCCCAUCAUUUGAUUUGGAGGGUCUCCAAUGCUUAGGAUCAGUGCUACGUAUAGUUGCUCUCAGUGGUACUCACAUGGACUUGUCAAAUAUUUCAAUCCAGUGGUUCCGCAUACACCCAAAAGAAAGCAACAAAGAGAUCAUUUCAGGUGCCACAAGACCAGUAUACGCCCUAGAGCCACAUGAUGUUGGGCGCUAUUUGCAAGCUGAAAUAGAUGUUGGCGGUGAAAUUGCAGUAGCAAAGACAGCUGGGCCAGUAGACCCUGAUGCUGGAUUGGUGGAAUAUGUGGAGACACUCGUAAGGAAACCUGAAACUGAGUUCAAUGUUGUUGUGCUUCAAUUGAACGGCAUUGAGCAGCCAAAAGAGUCGGUUCAUGUUCUCAAUGUUGGAAGGCUGCGGAUGAGACUUACUAAAGGGAAGUCAGUAGUUGCCAAGGAAUUCUAUUCCUCAUCAAUGCAGUUAUGCGGUGUUAGAGGUGGUGGCGAAGCAGCCUCGCAGGCAAUGUUUUGGCAACCCAGCAACGACCUCAGCUUGGUGCUGGCCUUCGAGACCGCUCGAGAACGCAACACAGCCAUCAUGCUUGCUCGGCGAUUCGCCAUAGAUUGCAAUAUCAUCCUUGCUGGGCCAGGCGACAAAACUCCCUGGUGAAAGGAACCUGUAGUGCUCCUCGGCCAAUCCAACGGCUCCUGUCGGUCCACGACCCGUACAGUGAUGUACAUUUGCGUGCACAGCGUGUUUGCACCAGCUUCUCUAGUUCCCUUGUUCAGUCCGGGCUGUUCUGCUCGUCCUCGUGUUGUAGGUUUCCGAAAGAAGGCGCCGUGCGCACAGUUUUAACCGCCUCGGCGCCGUCUUUCUAUCUCACUGUGCUGUGUUGUGUCAGUUGCGAGCGUUGUGAUCUGUUGCUAGCAGCUGCAGCAGUAAUCUAUGCUUGAUGCGGUACACAUCUAAUUGUGUUCGACGUAUGUUAGUGCUGAUGUUGAAGCAAUGAGGUAAUGUGUAUGCAUGGGGAACAAAGCUUCUCCACCCGCCCUGGUUGCGGGCCCAAA